UUAAAAAUAAUGUGUACCGUAACACAAUAUUAAUAGAAUAUUAGAAUGGAGAACAUAUACUAGUAUAGUAAUCUAAGAAAAGCAAAAGGUAAAAAACCCAAAGUGGCCAAAGAUUGGCAAUCCCUUGGCAUGAUGAGUUGUUAUUCUCUUCAACCUCAUUACACUCUCCACAAUCAUCAUCAGAAUCCCCCAAUUUGUUCCUCUGCAACAACAAAAAAAUAACGGCCUUGAAUGACAGACCAAUCACGCCCUGCCACCGGGUACCCGGCUCCACCCCAAAACGGUUACCCGCCACCGCCACAAUCCAACUAUUAUUAUCCAAACUACAACGCGCCACAACCAUACUACCCUUCCCAACCACGCGCUACCUUCUUCCGCCGCUUCUUCGCGGCACUCAUUGCUGUUUUCAUCAUUUUCGGCGUCAUUCUCCUCAUCGUUUGGCUCGUACUCCGCCCUCGUAUCCCAUCCUUCACCGUCGAUUCUGUCACUCUUUCUUCCCUCAACACCUCCACCUCUCCUUCCCAGAUCUCCGGCACUUGGUCCUUCCACUUUUCCGUCGCUAACCCUAACCACAAGCUCCAUGUCUACUACGACGAAAUCGAGGCUCGUUUGUUCUACAGAAACUCGCUGGUUUCCCAGAAUCAACUUCCGCCGUUUGACCAGGGGACUAAGAACGUGACCACCAUGGAUGCUCAGCUUGUCGCUUCCUCUGCUUACCUUGAAUUGGAUUUGGUGAACAAAUUGAAGGAUGAUCGUUCUAGAGGUAGCGUCAAGUUCGAUGUUCAAGUGUUGGCGUUGGUCAGGUUUAAGGCUGGUGGUUGGAGAGCUCGAAGACGGUUUCUUAGGGUUUUUUGUGACGAUUUGUCUGUUGCAUUUUCAUCCAAUUCUACCAAAGGGAAUUUAUCCGGUGGGCCACGACGGUGUUCUGUUGAUAUCUGAUUCCUCUUCUUCAUCUUCUUUUUCCAGAAUUUGUGCAGGUUCAUCAUAUGGCCUGAAGAUUAAUCUGAGUGCUCUCUAUAUUGGCAGUUUGGUAUCCCCUGGAGGAAUAAACCAGAAGCUCGGGCUCUUGAGCUCCAUAGCCAGCCUUUCUUAGCUACUCAGAUGGAUAUUCCUGUUGUUUGGUGCAGAAUAUGCCUCUAAAAUUGGAUAUAGGAGGUCCAACUCUUCUCUCUGGUGUUGGCUUUGGUAUUAGAAAUUUAGAACUAAGCAACAAUAGUGGCACCAAUGGGUUAGUAUUCUGAGGAUGAUAAUAUUUAAAUUUCUUUCGUAUUUGGUGGCACUUGGAUCAAAGCUCAAUAGUGGCUGCUAUGCUGUUUGUUCAGUCAAGUUAGAUGGAUAAGGUGUCCAUCUCACAAAGUUAGGGUUGAUGUAUGAACUUAGGCCUAAAAAAUGUUCAUAACAAGUGUCAAAAGGAAACUAGUGUGUAUCAAUUGGUAUAAGUUGAGUAGAAGUGUGUAGCUUUACUGCAGUAUUUUAUGGAACAGAAAUAGCUCUUCUCUCAUCCAUCUGCCCCCUUCCAAUUCUAUUUUC